AACACGAAAUGUUUCACUGGCAACAAAAAAUCGAGAUUUUUUUGAUGAUUAUAAUACAUCUGGCUUUAGUAGUCGAUCAAAAUUGGAUGAUGAUCUAUUCAAACCGAAAACUUCAUCAAAAAAUACGGAUACAUUUAGUUCUGAAUGGGAAGUUAUUGAUCGUAAAACUCCAACAAAAGAUUUCGGUUCAAAUGAUACUAGUAAUACAUUUUCUUCAAAUUAUGGUAGUUCUACUGCUAAUAGUGGUGGUUAUAGUUCAUCAUCAAAAACAUCAACAUCUUAUGCUAGUGGAACAAGUGAUGGCGAUGCUCAAAAACGUUUUACCAAUGCUAAAGCAAUAUCAAGUGAUCAAUUUUUUAAUAAAGAUUCCGAUAAUGAUCGAAAUAAUGUAACAUCACGUUUUCAAGGUAAUACAAGUAUUUCAAGUGAAGAAUAUUUUGCUGAUCCAAAUAAAAAAUCUCAAGAUCGUUCAAGUUAUAAUGGUCCAGAUUUAGCAACAAUGAAAGCAGAUUUUAAAGACGGUGUUUCCAAAGCAGCUGGUCGAUUAUCAUCGUUAGCUAAUAGUGUUAUGUCUAGCAUACAGGAUCGACAUUGA